UUGUGACUGAAAGUUGAUUUAGUAAACAGUGUGUUUCUAACCUCAAUGCGAUUCAGAAAUGGCAAACCGAACCGUGAAGGACGCGAAAUCUAUUCGUGGAACAAAUCCUCAAUAUUUAGUAGAAAAAAUAAUCAGAUCCCGAGUAUACGAUUCUAAAUAUUGGAAGGAAGAAUGUUUUGCUUUAACUGCAGAGCUUUUAGUCGACAAAGCCAUGGAAUUGAGGUUCAUUGGUGGCGUAUACGGUGGAAAUGUGAAACCAACACCAUUCCUUUGCCUGAUACUCAAAAUGCUUCAAAUACAACCUGAGAAGGAUAUUAUAGUAGAAUUUAUAAAAAAUGAGGAAUUUAAAUACGUUCGCGCAUUGGGAGCAUUGUACAUGAGAUUAACAGGAUCAUCUCUAGACUGUUAUAAAUACUUGGAACCAUUAUUUAAUGACAAUAGAAAACUGAGAAAGCAAAAUAAACAAGGUCAAUUUGAGUUGAUUCACAUGGAUGAAUUUAUAGACGAACUAUUACGAGAAGAACGAUCGUGCGAUGUUAUUCUACCGAGGAUUCAAAAAAGGCAUGUUCUUGAAGAAAAUAACGAAUUAGAGGCAAAGAUAUCAGCAUUGGAGGACGAUAUGGACGAAGGUAUAGAAACUUCAGAAGACGAAGAUGUACCUCCUGUGAAGGAAGACACUCGUAAAAGAACGGAUGAUCACGAGAGAGAUAGGGAUCGUCACAGAGACAGAGACAAAAGACAUUCUCGUUCCGAUAAAAAAUCGGAUAGGGAAAAACAGAGAUCGAGAAGUAGGGACAGGGAUAGAGACAGACGCGAACGUAAACGGAGCAAGUCGCCGAAAAGCCAUUCUUCGUCGCAUAAGGAAAAGGAUAGAGAUAAGGAUCGUCAUAGAAGAGACGAUAGAGAUAGAGAUAGAGAUAGGGAUCGAGAUCGAAGACGGGAGCGUGACAGAACUAGACAUUGA